GCUAAGAUCUUUCCACGUAAGCCUCAUAUGAAAAUUCAAAUGUGUAAUACAAGCAAACCAUAAAAACAAAACAUAACAAAUUCAACAUAACAAGAAUCAUAUUUCAAAAUAUACCAAACAAUGUCUUCAAAACUUGUAGCAAUAAUUUUCAUGUUUGUGUCAUUAGUAGCAAGUGAAGAUAGCAAUAUUAGUUUCAUCUAUAAUGGAUUCAAAUCAUCACAUGAACAUGAUUUGUAUCUUGAUGGUGUUGCUGAUUUAACCUCAAAUGGUUUACUUAGAUUAACCAAUGAUACAAAACAACAAAAGGGUCAUGCUUAUUAUCAAAAUCCUAUAGUUUUCAACAAUGGAAGUAGUAAUGGUAUUUCUUCUUUUUCAACUACUUUUGUUUUUGCUAUAAGAUCAGAGUUUCCUAAUCUUAGUGGCCAUGGAAUUGUUUUUGUUAUUUCUCCAACAAAAGGGUUACCAAAUUCAUUACCAAGUCAGUAUCUUGGUGUAUUCAAUGAAUCAAACGUUGGAAACACCGAAAACCGUGUUUUCGGGUUAGAACUUGAUACAAUUAUGAAUACAGAGUUUGAUGAUAUCAAUGAUAACCAUGUCGGAAUUGAUCUCAAUGGAUUGAAAUCAGAAAAAUCAGCUUCUGCAGGAUAUUAUGACAUUGAUCAUAAUGAGUUCAAGAAUUUAAGCCUUUUUACUGGCUUACCAAUGCAAGUUUGGUUGGAAUAUGAUAGUGAAAAGACAAAGAUUGAUGUUACUUUAGCUCCAAUUAAUGUUGUUAAACCAAAACAACCUUUGUUAUCAUUGAACAAAGAUCUUUCAUCAAUUUUGAAAAAUACUAUGUAUGUUGGAUUCUCAUCUUCAACAGGUUCAAUUCUAACCUCUCAUUAUGUUCUUGGUUGGAGUUUUAAGGUUAAUGGUCAAGCACAAAACCUUAAAAUCUCAGAACUUCCAAAGCUACCAACUUUAGGUGAAAAAAAAGAUUCUAAGGUAAUUUUGACUAUUGGGUUGCCUUUGAUUUCACUAUGUUUGAUUCUAAUGGUAGCUAUAGGAAUCUUUCAUUUCAUCAAAAGGAAGAAAAAGUUUUCUGAACUUCAUGAAGAUUGGGAAAAAGACUAUGGAACACAAAGAUUCAAGUACAAAGAUUUAUACUUUGCAACAAAUGGUUUCAAAGAGAAGGAGCUAUUAGGAACAGGUGGAUUUGGUAGAGUCUACAAAGGUGUAAUGCCAAAUUCAAAACUUGAAGUAGCUGUUAAGAGAGUUUCACAUGAAUCAAGACAAGGAAUGAAGGAAUUCGUCGCGGAAAUUGUUAGUAUCGGUCGUCUUCGUCAUAGAAACCUUGUUCCGCUUCUCGGCUAUUGCAGGCGGAAAAACGAGUUACUUUUGGUUUAUGAUUAUAUGGCUAAUGGAAGUUUAGACAAAUAUUUACACAAACACAACAAAGGACAAAGAUUGUUUACCUUAAAUUGGAGUCAAAGGUUUAGAAUCAUUAAAGGUGUUGCUUCUGGUUUGUUUUAUUUACAUGAAGAAUGGGAACAAGUAGUAGUUCAUAGAGAUAUUAAAGCUAGUAAUGUUUUAUUAGAUUCUGAAUUAAAUGGUAGAUUAGGUGAUUUUGGUCUUUCAAGAUUAUAUGAUCAUGGAACAGAUCCUCAAACAACUCAUGUUGUUGGAACACUUGGUUAUUUAGCACCAGAACAUACAAGAACAGGUAAAGCUACAACAAGUUCUGAUGUUUAUUCUUUUGGUGCUUUUUUACUUGAAGUUGUUUGUGGUAAAAGACCUAUAGAACAAAUAAGAGAAUGUGAGAGUGUAAUAUUAGUUGACUAUGUUUAUGAUUGUUGGAAAAGAGGUGACAUUGUUGAGGCUAAAGAUGUAAAUUUAGGUGUGGAUUAUAUUGUUGAAGAAGUUGAAUUGGUUUUGAAACUUGGUUUGUUAUGUUCACAUUGUGAAGCUUUGGCUAGACCAAGUAUGAGACAAGUUUUGAGGUAUUUGGAAAGGGAUUUGGCACUUCCUGAUUUGAGUUUUCUUAGUUUAAGUUCAAUGGGAUUAACUUCUGGACAGUGUGAGAAUUUUCAAGAUUUUGGUAUGUCUUAUGCUUCUUCUUCUAUGGAUAGACCAUUUUCACAUACUUCUUCAAUUGCUGAAUCACUUCUUUCUGGUGGUAGAUGAGUUCAAAAUAUAUAUCAAUUGAAAAUGGUGUCAUAGGACAAUUUGAUUGUAAUUGAAUAUUUUUUUGUAUCCUUAAUGAGUAUACUUUAAUUAGUUGCUUUUGUAUUGUAUUAUAAUAUAAUUUGAAAUAGAUUUAAAAAUAUAAAAAUGUUGUACUAUCUCUUAUCAUUGUUAUUUUAUAUUAUCUUGUAU